UAAUUGAUGGUUCUACAGACUCAAAGGGUAACAGGUCCAAUCUCUCAUGUAUUUAUUUAUUUACCAUUCCUACACACACCCAGUCAGUGAGACCACUAUCUGUGUUUCUUAGAGCAUGGCGAUCGAUACCCAGCGACUCCUCUGUCUCUGUGUCCAUACAUGUACUGCAUGUCAGGGCAGGGUCAUGGGUCAUGGGGGUUUGUUAUCCAUCAGUGCGUGUCCCUGCGGCCAAGAUGGGGUUAAUAUUGCUCGUCUGGCUGACAGCAGGACAGAGGGAAGGAAGUAGAGAGAUUAAAUGAGUGAGAGGCAGGGGGCAGAGGAGAGAGAGAGAGAUUUAAUUCAUCCCUGAUUGACUAUAGCUAGCACACUGGCACUCACAAGCACUAACACCCACACCGAACGAUGGAGAGAGACAGCAGAAAUGAGAAGUUCUUCUCCAGAAAGAGAAGUUUCACUUUUGGGGCAUAUGGAGGUGUGGACAAGUUCAUAUGUGAAAAUGAGACUAGCAGACCAGAACCUUUAGAACACAGCAUUCUGGAUAUUUUGGACUCCCCUACCAGCGAGACCAAACCGUUCCUUUCUGCUGGCAGCAACCAGAAGGUGACAGAGCUGUUUGAGAUCAUUGAGAAGUUGCAGAGCAGCAGGCUAGAUGAACAGCGCUGUGAAUUCCCUCUGCCUUUGAGGUCUCAGCUUUUGAAGAUAGGUCAUGACCUUCCUCUGAUCCUGCCUCCAAAGCUGGGUGGUUACUGGAUAGAUCCUCCGCUACAAAAGUUUGCUGAGACCAGUCCGACAUCCUCUCAUUAUGGACUAGACCCAGAGACCUAUGACAUCAUGGAGAGAGACAGCGAGGCCACAUACUACCAGGAGUUCUUCCGCUCACGAUAUCAUCACUCGUUCACAGCAGUGGACCCCUCCCUGGGACCCCUCCUUCUCUCUGUCUGUUUGGUGGAAGAAGAGAAGAGGCUGAGAGUAAUCCUGAGGAUGAGGGAAUGCUCUAUGCAUGGGGUUUUCUCUGUGUCUCUGUUCCCAAACAUCCCGUCUGCUGUGGAGCUGGCCAAGAUGCUAUGCGACAGUGUGACUGUGUCCAGAUUUGAUGUGGUCAGUUACCUCAAGGCACCAGAUCUUAUAACAGCAUUUGAUGAACACAGAGUGUCUCUGAAUUUCAAGUUUGGUGUCUUGUAUCAGAGAGAGGGACAGUUGACAGAGGAGGACAUACUCUGUAACAAUGAGGAAAGUGAAGAGUUUCAAGAAUUCCUCUCUAUUUUGGGAGAUACAGUCACACUUCAAGGGUUCACUGGGUUCCGAGGAGGUUUGGACGUGUGUCACGGCCAGACAGGAAGUGAUGCGGUCUUCACUUCCUUCCACAGCAGAGAGAUCAUGUUCCAUGUGUCCACCAAAUUGCCCUUCACAGAGGGCGAUACACAACAGCUACAGAGGAAGAGACACAUAGGCAACGACAUCGUUGCUGUUGUUUACCAGGAGGGCCACACCCCUUUUCUGUCUGAUGUCAUCGGCUCACACUUCCUGCACUGUUUCCUAGUGGUCAGGAGGGUGAGGAAGAGAGUGGGGGACGAGGGGGAGGAGGCAGGAGGGGGAGGGGUGUUCCAGGUGUCAGUCACAGCCAGAGAGGAUGUACCUCCCUUUGGUCCCUCCCUCCCUGAUCCUCCUAUAUUCACAGAGAGCUCCCUGUUGAGAGAGUUCCUUCUGACCAAGCUUAUCAAUGCAGAGAUCUCCUGUUAUAAGGCUGAGAGGUUCAGUAGACUGGAGCUGCGCACUCGUUCGUCCCUCCUGGAGGGUCUGCAGGCGGAACUGUCCACCCGCUCCCAGUGCAUGAUGGGAGAUUCGCCUGUGUCCACCCUCUCGACUUCUGAGGGGAUGAGGGGUGUAACUGAGGGGAGUGGCGGGUUCAUCAAAAACUUUAAGAGAGCCAUUAGGGUGCGCAGUAAUUCUUUUGACACUCUUGGGGGACCUAGAAAGAUGGGCGGGGUGCCGCUCCCACAGAAGCCCAAGGCUGCUACAGAGAGAGAUGGAGAGAGUGAGUUGGCCUACAAGCCCCCUGAACCCAGCUUUCCGCCCACAGACAACCUGGGCUCCACAGAGGUCAAAGACCACUCCAGUCCCCAGGAGAAUAUGUAGACAGACAAAAUGAUGUGUAUAUUUGAGUAAUAACCGAGUGGAUACUUUGUAUGUACAGUGCAUUCGGAAAGUAUUCAGACCCCUUGGCUUUUUCCACGUUUUGUUACUUUACAGCCUUAUUCUAAAAUUGGAUUAUUCUAAAAUUGAUUAUUCUAAAAUGGAUGAAAAAAAAUCCUCAUCAAUCUAUACACAAUAGCCCAUAGUGACAAAGCAAAAACAGGUUUUUAGACAUUUUUGCAAUUUUAUAACAAAUAAAACACUGAAAUAUCAGACCCUUCACUCAGUACUUUGUUGAAGCACCUUUAAAUCAAAUCAAAUCAGAUCGUAUUAGUCACAUGCGCCGAACGGGUGUAGACCUUACAGUGAAAUACUUAGGAGCCACUAACCAACAAAUGCAGUUUAAAAUAAUAUGGAUAAGAAUAAGAAAUAAAAGAGCAGCAGUAAAAUAACAAUAGCGAGACUAUAUACAGGGGUACAGGGUCAAGGUGCGGGGCACCGGUUAGUUGAGGUAAUGUACAUGAACAUGAAGGUAGAGUUAUUAAAGUGACUAUGCAUAGAUGAUAACAACAGAGAGUAUCAGUGGUGUAAAAGAGGGGGGGCAAUGCAAAUAGUCUGGGUAUUUCAUUAGGUGUUCAGGAGUCUUAUGGCUUGGGGGUAGAAGCUGUUUAGAAGCCUCUUGGACAUAGACUUGGUGCUCCGGUACCGCUUGCCAAUGCUGUAGCAGAGAGAACAGUCUAUGACUAGGGUGGAUGGAGUCUUUGACAAUUUUUAGGGUCUUCCUCUGACACCGGCUGGUAUAGAGGUCCUGAAUGGCAGGAAGCUUGGCCCCAGUGAUAUACUGGGCCGUUAGCACUACCCUCUGUAGUGCCUUGCAGUCGGAGCCCGAGCAGUUGCCACACCAGGCUGUGAUGCAACCAUGCUCUCGAUUGACCAGCUCUAGAACCUUUUGAGGAUCUGAGGACCUAUGCCAAACCUUUUCAGUCUCCUGAGGGGGAAUAGUUUUUGUCGUUCCCUCUUCACGACUGUCUUGGUGUGCUUGGACCAUGUUAGUUUGUUGUUGAUGUGCACACCAAGGAACUUGAAGCUCUCAACCUGUUCCACUGCAGCCCCGUCGAUGAGAAUGGGGGCGUGCUCGGUCCUCUUUUUCCUGUAGUCGACAAUCAUUUCCUUUGUCUUGAUCAUGUUGAGGGAGAGGUUGUUGUCCUGGCACCACACGACCAAGGCUCUGACCUCCUCCCUAUAGGCUGUCUCGUCGUUGUCGGUGAUCAGGCCUACCACUGUUGUGUCAUCGACAAACUUAAUGAUGGUGUUGGAGUUGUGAUUGGCCGUGCAGUCAUGAGUGAACAGGGAGUACAGGAGUGGACUGAGCACGCACCCCCGAGGGGCCCCUGUGUUGAAGAUCAGCGUGGCGGAUGUGUUGUUUUGUUACCUACACUUACCACCUGGGGCUGCCCGUCAGGAAGUCCAGGAUCCAGUUGCAGAGGGAGGUGUUUAGUCCCAGGGUCCUUAGCUUAUUGAUGAGCUUUCAGGGCACCAUAGUGUUGAACGCUGAGCUGUAGUCAAUGAAUAGCAUUCUCACAUAGGUGUUCCUUUUGUCCAGGUGGGAAAGGGCAGUGUGGAGUGCAAUAGAGAUUGCAUCAUCUGUGGAUCUGUUGGUGCGGUAUGCGGGUCUAGGGUUUCUGGGAUAAUGGUGUUGAUGUGAGCCAUGACCAGCCUUUCAAAGCACUUCAUUGCUACAGAUGUGAGUGCUACGGGUCGGUAGUCAUUUAGGCAGGUUACCUUAGUGUUCUUGGGCACAGGCAUUAUGGUGGUCUGCUUAAAAUAUGUUGGUAUUACAGACUCGGACAGGGAGAGGUUGAAAAUGUCAGGGGAGACACUUAUUUUAUUUUAUUUUGAUUUAUUUUCUAAGGGGUGGAUCUGCUUAAUAUUGCAGAAAGAUUGUUGCUUCCACCAAUGUAAUUGUCUGCAUUAUCUAAAACAAAAAUCCAGAAAAUCACAUUGUAUGAUUUUUAAGUAAUUAAUUUGCAUUUUAUUGCAUGACAUAAGUAUUUGAUACAUCAGAAAAGCAGAACGUAAUAUUUGGUACAGAAACCUUUGUUUGCAAUUACAGAGAUCAUACGUUUCCUGUAGUUCUUGACCAGUCACUGCACAGCUAUUUUCGGGUCUCUCCAGAGAUGUUCGAUCGGGUUCAAGUCCGGGCUUUGGCUGGGCAACUCAAGGACAUUCAGAGACUUGUCCCGAAGCCACUCCCACAUUGUCUUGGCUGUGUGCUUAGGGUCUUUGUCCUGUUGAAGGUGUACUUUCACCCCAACCCUGAGCGCUCUGGAGCAGGUUUUCAUCAAGGAUCUCGCUGUACUUUGCUCCGUUCAUCUUUGCCUCGAUCCUGACUAGUCUCCUAGUCCCUGCCACCAAAAACCAUCCCCACAGCAUGAUGCUGGCACCACCAUGCUUCACCAUAGGGAGUGUGCCAGGUUUCCUCCAGAUGUGACACUUGGCAUUCAGGCCAAAUGGUUCAAUAUUGGUUUCAUCAGACCAGAGAAUCUUGUUUUGUCAUGGUCUGAGAAUCCUUUAUGUGCCUUUUGGCAAACUCCAAGCGGGCUGUCAUGUGGUUUUUAUUGAGGAGUUGCUUCCGUCUGGUCACUCUAGCACAAGGGCCUGAUUAGUGGAGUGCUGUAGAGACGGUUGUCCUUCUGGAAGGUUCUCCCAUCUCCACAGAGGCUCUGGAGGUUUGUCAGUGACCAUCGGUUUCUUGGUCAUCUCCAUGACCAAAGCCCUUCUCCACUGAUUGCUCAGUUUGGCCAGGCAGCCAGCUCUUGGAAGAGUCUUAGUGGUUCCAAACUUCUUCCAUUUAAGAAUUAUGGAGGUCACUGUGUUCUUGGGGGACCUUCAAUGCUGCAGAAAUGUUUUGGUACCCUUCCCCAGAUCUGUGCCUCGACACAAUCCUGUCUCGGAGCUAUACGGACAUUUCCUUUGACUUCACGGCUUGGUUUUUGCUCUGACAUGCACUUUCAACUGUGGGACCUUAUAUUUGUCUUGCCUUUGCAAAUCAUGUCCAAUCAAUUGAAUUUACCAUAGAUGGACUCCAAUCAAGUUGUAAAAAACAUUAAGGAUGAUCAAUGGAAACAGGAUACAUUUGAGCUCAAUUCUCAUAGUGAAGGGUCUGAAUAUGUAAAUAAGGUAUUUCUAAAAACCUGUUUUCACUUUAUCAUCAUGGGGUAUUGUGCUUAGAUUGAUGAGGGAAAACAAUAUUUCAUACAUUUUAGAAUAGGGCUGUAAUGUAAUAAAAUGUUGAAAAAGUCAAGGGGUUUGAAUACUUUCCGAAUGCACUGUACAAACUAUAAAAUAAGAUGUCAAAAUGUAUACUUUCAUAACAGGUAAUACAAAUAUAUUAUUGUAGAAUAUUUUCACUGUUAAUAUGUGUACAUCAUUGUAGUAAAUGUAUGAUAAUGAAGUCAUGCAAUAAUUAUUACUAUUUGACUAUUUCAGAGCAUUGCAAUAAUUCAGGGCUACCAACUUUUGAAGAAAGUUUGGAGUGAGAUUUGCUAUGUGAAUGUCAUUGCCCCCUGGCCAAUCCAUAGACGGAGGACUAGGAGUUUACUGUUUUAACAUGGCUUACGCCUAUUACCAAGGUGUACAAUUAGGUCUAUUCAGGAUGCUUUGUACAUUAAAUUAACACUCCAAAUUUCA